UGAUUUAACUGGGAUGAGCACAACGCAGUUUGUUAGUUGGGUCUAAGCUGGCAAGAGAGAUGGAACAACUGAAUCCACAGAGUGUUCUGGUGACCGGGGCCAACCGGGGACUUGGCUUCGAGUUGGUCAAGCAGCUGGGGGAGAAGAGCAACCCACCACAAUGGAUCUUUGCCACUUGCCGGGAUCCAGUGGGACCCGGUGCUCAGGACCUGAAGAAUUUAGCUGCUGAACAUCGGCAAAUUGUGAUAAUACCCCUGGACACAACUGACCCAUGCAGCAUUAAGGCUGCUGUAGCCAAAGUCACAGAACAUCUCAAAGGGGCUGGACUGAACCUGCUGAUUAACAAUGCAGGGAUUUUAAAGCUGAGCACCGUAGAGACAGAAACGGCAGAAAACAUGUCGGAGGUAUACAAAACCAACGUUAUUGGGCCCAUGAUCGUAACUCAGGCAUUUCUUCCCUUGCUGAGAAAAGCAUCCCAAAACAGUCCCCAGAAAGGCAUGAGUUGCAGCAAAGCAGCCAUCCUCAACAUGACGAGCGAGUGUGGCUCCAUGACAAACCUCUUUGGCUGGAAUCUGAAUGAGUUGAUCUCCUAUCGUUGCAGCAAGUCUGCUCUGAACAUGCUCACUCGAUGCCAGUCCAUGCACUUUGCCAAAGAUGAGAUUCUGUGCAUCACAUUGCACCCUGGGUGGGUGGAGACUGACAUGGGAAACAAACUGGGAUCACCCCCACUGACAAUGGAACAGAGUUUGCAAGCUGUUCUGAACACCCUCCGCAGUCUCUCUGAGAAAGAUAAUGGCACUUUUGUGAACUGGGAAGGGAAUCUUAUUCCCUGGUGAGACAACCAGGAAUCUGCAACUUUCUGUCUUCAGUGCACACUAUAUCCCAGUCUGCCGCAUGUGCUCCAACUCUCUUUUGUUACUCUGUCUG